UUUUGUCGUUGAUGGCUUUCUUCCAUGACGUUCGAAACAUUUUUUUUGCCGAUCCUUUUACUUCAGCAGUUCCUAUCCAUAUUCCACAGUACUAGUAUCCUCUUCCGAUAAGAAUCAUUCGUUCCAACCAUCAUGCGCCUUUCAGCUUUUUCUAUUCUCUUGUCGCUCUGGCUAUGCGGCCCCGUUUCGGCGUUUGUCGUUCGCCCUGUGACUGUCACUCCCUCAACUACACUCCUUGCUGCCGAGAAAGGAAGUGAGGAAGUGAAACAACAGCACGCAUUGUCUGUGGGAACUCUGGUGGAGUUUCAAGAAAAGUCUCGCGUUCACAUUGGCACCAUCAAGUCUUCGGAACACAAGUCCAGUGGAGGAGCUAGGUACAAGAUCGAGGAUAUUGAUGGAAAGAGCUAUAAUGUUGCCGACAAGCACGUCACGUUUGCCACCCCAGUUGCUCCCAGCAACGCCAACAAGGUCAACGCGCUCAUGACGGAACUCGAAGAAGUCCAGCAUGCGUCGGAAGAAGCAUUGUGCAAACUUUUGGAUGUCUCACCGGAUUUGUUGGAAAUGGCAUGGGAAGAAGCGGCGGCGGAAGAGGCGGCGACUCAUGAGUUGACCGCCAAGUCGUUUGUCUCUCUGGUCCACUCGCACGCGGCUUCCACCAUUGAAGAGUACACGGCUUGGAGGCUUCUCAAAAUGGACAUGGCACACGUGUUCUUUAAAGACAUUAAGCAGAAUGGCCGUGUGGCAUCCUUCAAGGCCAAGGCACGCAAGGCUGUAGACAAUGCCAAGGUGGCGUUUUGUGCGUCUCAUGCAGAUGAUGUCGAGUUCUGCUUUGUCUAAACAACUGAUUCGAUUCUACAUCUCAGCUAGCUAGCAGCCAGCCUUACGAAGCAAUGCAAGGUCUGGUUGUAUCUAUCUGCACACGAAAGAGACGAGGCAAGAGUCUCAGUCCUUGACGAAUGAAUCACUGUCUAGCUACACAAUCUGAGUGCGCCAAGCAAGCACUUCAGUCUACUGCAUACAAUAAACCCCAGAAGUUUUGGCUAAAUUUUACUACUAGCAGGCUAGUAGUAGCUCUCAGAUGCU